CGCUUUUCUAGCUUCUCACGCAUUGUCAAAAACUUUAUUGACAAAACCAACGAAGGACAGAAGACAAUGCAGAGGGCGGAAGCUGAGAGAGUAGAGGCGGUCAGGUCUCUUGCAGAAGGGCUGCCAGUGUCCAUAUUCUCCUGUGGGCACCUAGUCCGUUCUUUUGCUUUUAAGAUCAGUUUCAAGUAGAUGACUCUCCUCUUCUUCCCAUGAUUUAAUUACAUUGAUUUCUCCCUCCCUAUCUCUUGUUACAUAACCUCCAGCCAAAGGUUAUCUUAUGCAUAAUUCCCCUGAUUCCUUGCAGGUCAUCUUGCUCAGUCCAGCCCAGCCCAGCUCAGCUCAGUUUAAUUUUGUCCAACUCAGCCCAGCUAAACAAGGUCCUCUCCAAUUCUUUUAAAGGCUUCUGGAAAAGGGAGGCAAUCCUUCAUUCCACGCCCCCAUUUCUGUGUCUUUUACAAAAACUCCAAGUGAGAGGUCUUGGUUGCUGUCCAAUCUUUAUUCAUCCUUGUGAUUUAGUCCAGGCCCUAGGAUGGAAAGUGUUGCAAUGGGAAACAAGCCUUUUCUUCUCACAGGCCAGAACCCACAAAUUCCACAUUAACAUCAGCCUGUCCAAACCAAUUUGGGCACACAGACACAAAAGCUUCCCCCCCUUGCCCUUCCCUAGCCAGUCAAGUAUAGACCACUCCUAAGCAGGCUGAAUGUGGCCACACCUACACCUUAGGGACAGUGACCCUUUCUCUUUUUUUUUCUGUCGGAGGAUUUUGUAGGGUGGGGCCUUCCCCUUUAAUCCCAGCCCCACCUGCUCUGGUCAGACAGGUUUGGAGCUGCAGGUAAAGGGAGGGAGACACGAAGAUAUACCUGCAGAGCCAGUGGGGAGCUGGAGCAGCUCUUUUCCCGGAUGGGCCCUGGGAUCUCCCUUCUAUCUCUCCAGAUGGAAAGGUGACGGAAAUCCAGUAUUAUUCCCCAGAACCUAGGCAUCUGGGCCCUUCAUUGAUUGCCCUAGCAUGACAGAACCUGAGACACUGGCUCUGCUGGAGGUAAAGGGGCAAGAAACCCUUGAGAAGACUUUGCCCCAGCCCCUCAUCCCUAAUGGACUCAGACCAGAGGGGGAAGAAGGGGAAGAGCUUGCCCCUUGUGAGAACGAGAUGGGGAAGGUGGGCAGUGAAGCUACUACUUUGCCCUGGGUGAGGACAUCAUUAGGUAUUGGCCCUGAACCCAGUGCCCCCUUCCCAGACUCUCCUGGUUGGCAGGGAUAUGAUAAAGAGCCCAUUCUGACAGAGCUGCCCCAUAAGCCUGAAGAGUCAGCUGAGGAAGAUAUUAACCUGAUGCCUGAGCAGGCAGCCCGAGCAUUUGUGCCAAUUGACCCACAGUGCAUUGAGAGGAGGCCCCAAGAAGAGCUCAUUGUCCACUGUGACAAAAAGGUUGAGGGUGAAAGCCAAGCCUUUCUGUUGCCUCGAGCUGCUCGGUCAGAUCCCCCUGAACGGAAAUGGGCAGAAGCAGCAGUCGUCCCCCCUGCCCACUGCAGGAGUUGUGGAGGCUGUGGCCGUGAGGGAUUGAGGGCUGUGGCCUCUUUUGGGGCUGCUCUUAUCUUCUUCCCCUGCCUGUUAUAUGGAGCUUAUGCCUUCCUGCCUUUUGAUGCGCCCCGGCUGCCCACCAUGAGUUCUCGACUUGUCUACACACUCCGCUGUGGGGUAUUUGCCACUUUCCCCAUAAUUUUAGGGCUUCUGGUCUACGGCCUGUCUCUCUUGUGCUUUUCUGCACUUCAUCCCUUUGGGGAACAACAGAGAGAAGUUGAAAUCCACAGACGAUAUGUGACUCAGUCUGUCCAGCUCUUCAUCCUCUAUUUCUUCAACCUGGCAGUACUUGCCACUUACCUGCCCCAGGAUACCCUCAAGCUGCUACCCCUGCUCACUGGCCUCUUCGCCAUAUCUCGGCUGGUGUAUUGGUUGACUUUUGCAGUGGGCCGGUCCUUCCGGGGCUUUGGCUAUGGGCUGACCUUUCUGCCAUUGCUCUCUAUGUUGGUGUGGAACCUUUACUACAUGUUCCUGGUGGAGCCUGAGCGUAUGUUCACUGCCACUGAAAGUCGACUUGACUACCCAGACCACGCUCGAGCUGCUGACUACAAGCCACAUCUCUGGGGGUGAUACCCAACCCUGCCUACUGUUGAUGUUCUCCCAUUUCCCCCCAAACCCUAGGGAACUGAGAUGAUCCAGAACUCUUCACUGAAUGGACUCUGGAUAUACCAUCUUUGCCCUUUGAAUUCCUGGAUCAUGACCUUUGAACCAGCUGCUUUUGAACCUUGCCAAUCCUUGAAUUUGAUGUUGGGGUGGGUGGUAGGUGGAGGGGGCAAGGAACUCACAUAGCAGAGGUCUUAUACUGCCUCUGGCUACUUCAUUCUAAUGUCUCUUGAUGCCUGUUACUGCCUUGCUUUUUCUGUAGCAUUAGUGGAAGGAAUUCUCGUCUUCUAGAGGAGAGAACAGAAUUAGGGAAAGCAAAAUCCCCGAUUUUUUUUAGGUCUUAAUUGGCUCAAGAGAGAACUUGUGGAAUAAUUUAAUAAAUAAUUUUGAAACAGAA